CAGCGAUAGAAGCGGUACAGACGUGAAGACAGCUCGUCAAUCCCAACUACCAGCAAGUCAGUGAAACCUGCACAUCCCCAGGCAUCAUGGCUGAGUGUGGUGAUUCUAACCAGGGACCCGGCAGACAUCAGGAGUUUCGUCAGGAGCAGGAGAGCCGGGGGCCUCAGGAGCUGCGUCUGUUGUACUUCAAGUCAGCCGGCAGGGCGGAGCCCAUUCGCUGGAUCCUGGCGUUGAAGGGAGUCAGCUAUGAGGACCACAGGAUCGACAAGCCGACACAGUGGAAGGACUUCAAGCCAGACAUGCCCUGGGGGCAGGUACCGAUCCUUUACGUCAACGGCGAACCGCUGCCUCAAACCGUGGCCAUCUGUCGGUAUCUCGCCGAACUAUACUCUCUUAAACCGGCCACUGCGUGGCGCUGCGCUCGCGCCGACGCCGUGGCUGAGGCGGUUAGCGACAUCACGAACCGGGCUGCGACGGUGCGCCGGGCGACAGAGCCGGAGAUAAAGAGGGCGCUGCGAGCGGAGUUCCUGGAGACGCGUCUGCCGCAGUUCCUGACCCAGCUGGAGGGGAAGCUGACUUAUGGUGAAUUUCUCUGCGGGGAUCAGGUCUGCUGGGCCGACAUCUACCUAGCCACCAUGCUGGAAGUCAUUGGCGCCAUCUGUCGGCUGGACGACCCUAGUGCCGGGUUUCCCCGCACCGCGGCACUAGUGUCGCGGGUACGUGCCAUCCCGGAGAUAGCAGCCUGGAUCGCCCGCCGCCCUCCCUCUAUAGUGGGUGAGGACCCGCCGGCGACUGGGGCUGCCGCUGAAGGAAAGUGAGGGCCGCAAGACGUCAGUUUCCUGUACUUCGUCGUUUUCUGUGUUACAGGCAGCGCUUUGAAGAUGCUGAUGUGCUAUAUUCAAUAUACCUAAUUAAACAUAAUUCGAAAUUCUGUGUAAUAAUAAGUGAGCAACAUGGGCCUUUAAAGGGCUCGGCUUAUUUCCACGAUACCAUUCUCGUUAGCAAACAAUGCAGCAU